AUAGACACUAAAUUAUCCAUGUGUCCAUGCUUGAUCGUUGGCUGCAGGCCUCAUGAGUGAUCCAGCUUGUGGAGUGAGUCCUGCGGAGAAACUGAGCCCGGAGCACCUGCAGCUGCUGAGAAAUGCAUUUACCUGUCCAAAAGCUGGACUACAGACACGGAAGAGUGGAAGGAACAGAGGAGGAAGUGAAGAACAUGGAAUGAGGUUCAAAGAGUUUCAGGAAGUUCUACAGUCUGUGAUUGGUCCAGAUGUUGAGGAUGCUUGGGUUGAGAGAUUCUUCAGUGAGGUAGAUAUCUGCUGUACAGGACAGAUGAAGUGGCAGCAGCUGUGUUCCUACCUGCUUCUUGAGUACACAGAGAGAGAGCGUGCCUCCAUCCCCAGAGCUGCUCUCCUGGACUCCCAGCCACAGAUCAGGCACUGCUCUCACAACAAGCGGGAGCCAACAGUGCGUGUGGUUGCUGUUUCCCAUCCUCCUCCACUCCGCUAUAUUAGUGUCAGUAAGGGCGGUCAGAUCACUGUCUGGAACAGCAGCCUACACAUCCUCAAAACUGUAGGGCUUGCCGGAGACCCAACAGAGGAAGUGGCCAACACGAGGCGGUUCAGAGGCUGGACCACUGAUGCUGUCUAUAUGGGCAACGUUGACAAGGUUGCCAUAUCAACUGACUGCAGGGACCUGCACUUUGUAAAUGUCUCCACAGGAAAUGUAUUUGAGGAUGUCCACCUGUUUGGGUUUCAAAGCGUGCCGACUGCACUUUGUUACUGGCAUGAUGUUCAGUGUCCAGAGCGACCACCUUUACUGUUACUGGGGGAUGACAAAGGAGGAAUCCACCUGAUGUGGUUCCUGAAACCAUCUAAAGGGCUUUUUAAGAAUCCCACCAAGAAAGAGAACGGCCCACAGAGGAUCUUCUUCCAGGACCUUGGUGAACACAGCAACAUGGUUUCCUUCCGUUACAUCCCCAACAUCCACCAGGAACCAGUCAACAGACUGAUGUUUGAGCCCAGUACCAAUGUCAUCAUGUCAUCGUCAGAGAGUGACAACACCUCUGUGGUCUUUAUGAGUGUGUCACUGAAGCAGGAGCCUUACAUUUGGAAAUUUAAGCAGGGAGCCAAAUGUUUUGACUACAACGCAGCUCUGCAGUUGAUGGUCACAGGAGGUUAUGACAGAGUUGUCAGACUGUGGACUCGAUUUGUGACCGCACGUCCCGUCGCUACACUGCUGGGUCACCGCACUGCUGUAUUGGAUGUUGCUGUUUACCAAGCUGUUGGACAGAUCUUCAGCUACUCCAGAGAUGCUGAGCUGAGGGUUUGGGACAUUUCCACCCAUCACUGUCUGAAAACUGUCAACCUGCAGUUCCCCUGCCUGCAGUUAGGCCGAAUCCCAGAGCAUGGCAACUUCCCUUUCCUGCUGCUUGGCCCUCCUCUUCCUGAACAGACUCAGCCUCAUUUAGUGGUGGGCUGCAAAGAUUACCUCGCAUGGCUCGAUCUGGCUGAAAGAGAGAGGGGAGGGGGAGGAUGGUUGACAGAUGAAAGAAGGGAGCUUGGGCCAAAGAUCCUAAGUUUUCCAGCACUCUCCUGUGCACUGUACAAUCCCACCCUGAGACAGGUUGUGACUGGACAUGCAGUCUCAUUGGUGUCUCUGUGGGAUGUAGAGACAGGAAAGAGACGGCUUCAAAUCUCCAACGCUCAUGGAGAAGAUGAACUCACCUGCAUGGCACUGGACUCCUCCCACAGAAGACUGAUCACUGGGGCUUGCAACGGCACUAUUAAGGUGUGGAGCUUACUUAAUGGCCUUAACCUGCACAAACUGGAGCCUGUCACCAACUCUGAAGUUACUGCGGUGACUUGUCUCCAUGACAACCAGCUGCUGGCUGUGGGGUGGAGCCAGAAGAUCGCUCAGUAUGACAUUACUGGUGCCAAGGAUUUGUAUGUGAGAGCAGACAUGUCGUGGAAGUCGAACGGUGUCCACAAAUCUGACAUCCUGGCCGUGGCUCAGUGUUCUUCCCUGGGGGUCGUUGCCACUGCAAGCCAUGAUGGAGAGGUUAUUAUCUGGAGGCUGGAGACACAAGGACCACUGCUCCACCUACAGAGAGAGACAGAGGCAGGAGUGGCGCUCCCUGUGGACAGCCUCCUGUUCUUGCAGCAUCGCGCUGGAAACAGGAAAUUCAGGAACAGAGGUGUCCUGGUGUCAUCGCAGGCCGGCUGUCUCUGCUUUUGGAGCAUCACUGGACAGACACACAGAUAUGGCCAGUUCUAUGCUCCAGAGCAGCCGGGUGAACGUGUGCUGAGCCUGAGCUCAAAUCAGCCUAAAAACACCAUCCUGGUCUCAGGAGACACAACAGGCCGGCUUCAGAUCUGGGACAUUUCUCACUAUGCGUUGGACAUCCAACACGAGGCAGUUUGUGGACGUCCUCCCUUGCUGCAGUGUUGGAAGGCUCAUAAGAGGGCAUUGGUAAGUGUAGAAGUCCUUGAGGUGGCUGACAGACUGUUCAUCCUCACAGCUUCAGCCGAUGGCGCUGCUGGACUUUGGACAAAUGAUGGAGAUCAUGUGGGUUCUUUUGGGCAGGCAAUGAUGUGGAAUAUCUCAGACCCAGCUACAUAUCAGAGAGAGACACAGAGUAACCUCAGAGAGGACACUGCAGAGAGGAUUGAAAGUGAUGAAGUGGGAUCCAGCAAGGUCACAAGUAAAGCACCUGACCCCACCAGCUGUGGCCAAAUUUCGCAGGAAGAAUGCUGUUCUGAAGCUUCAUCUGCCAGCACAGCAGAGAGAGACCACCACCAGCCUCAGCAAGCCAUGUAUCUGCAUGAGGACUUUUGCCAGACAGUAGCUUCGUGUCGUCAGAGGAGAUGUCUGUUUGAUGACAUCGACCACGGCGAUCACUGCUGAGGAUUGAGGCUCUGCAGGAGAUGCCCCCACUGAGGACUUUACUACUCACAAUCUGCUGAGUGUUUCACUGUUUGACUGGCAGCACGAAGCUCAGCUCACAGCAUCUAGAAGGAAAAGUGAGCUACCUGUCCAGUCGGAUAUAGACAAAGAUACAGACAUGAACGCUGUUUUUUCCCCCUUUUCCUCUUAUUUUAUGAGGUUGUCUUGAAGCUGCAAAUUGAAUGUGUCUGUUUGAAUAUGUCAAAUGAAUACUGUGCUGGCAAGAUUUCCCCUUCAAAACAGCCUCUCUUUUUUGUAUUUCCCUCAGUCUUUCAUUUUGGUUUUGUCUUUUUUCUCUCAUUAGUUCCUCACAUCUCAUCACCUCUGAUGCAUCUCUCGCUGAUACCAUCCGUACCUUCUGUGAAAUCAUUUUUAGCAGUGCCUUUUCCCUUUGUCAUUUGUGAAACACUCAACAUGGAAAUCCCACUGACUGCUCGCACCUCCUUUCCCUUGUUUUCAGCCUUUCAUGUGUACAUUUCUUUGUUUGAAGGAUUACAGCAGCUCACAUUGUCCUGAUUGUUGUAGUUCUUUUAUCAUCAGGAUUUGGAACUGAAGAGCGCAGUAUGAGUGCAGUGUUUCCUGAUAUUUGAGACUUCUAGGUCAUCAAAACAGACAUCUAGACAGACAGACAUCUGAGCCGCCCUGCACUUAUCAUCACAGCUCUGCUGAAUUGCACAAAUUGGUGACGCAAGACUCGCUGCUCUGUUUUUGUUUGUUUUCUUUCCAUAUUCGAUUUCGCAACUUCUUUGCAUGUCCUUGUCCACUCAUCCCUAUAAAAAAAACGGGUUAUUUUAAGCACUGCUCUGGAUACUUUAGGGGGAGAGGAAGCAAGUGCUGAGCCCUUUCUCAAGUUUGUUGCUCAGGGACAAAUACAAACAGACACAGCUGAGACAAACAAGGGCAAGUCAUGUAGACGGCACUUUUGCCCCCUCAGGCAUCUGCAUUAUUGAUUUCUACCUUUUCACUCCAUGUUGUCAGAAAUAUCUUCUGUCUGCUGA